CCGCUGCGUGAAUGGUCAUUCCGCUAGCGGCGUUCUGUGUUUACAGUCGUGUUAUCGUCUUGUUGACUGGUAAAACGUGGAAAGCGAGAAAUCGAUGAUAUUUCGAUUUGUUUUGUGACAAAUUAUAGUGCGAAGGACGAAACCUCAAGGUUGAUUUCACCGGCCAUUUCUUUUCUGUGUUCCCCUUUUCUUUGCUUCUCGAGUAUUGCGUAAGCUUUUUCUUUUUGAGAUUUAUUCGGUUAACUUUAAAUACUGAAGGUUGGUGUAAUAACAGGAGAGAUCAACAGCUAUUUCAUUCUAAACCUGAUUUUAUUGAUAUUUACAAUGGCUAAAGACGAUCCCAGGAUCCCGAAUUUGCAGGACACGUUUACUCCUAUUGGUGUACCACUCUCUGGAAUAUAUCAGAAAAGUUUCGCCCACAAAGUAAUCAAAGACAAAUUACCAGUGAUAUUAACGAAAGUCAUUAAUUCGUUAUGCCAAAAUAAAACUCAAAUUUUAGAAACAUAUGGCGAGAAAGCUACAGAAGAUAUCAAAGCGAUCAUCGGAUUUAUAAGUCAAUUGAAAAAUGAGAUAGUUACUAACAAAACUAUAAAACCAAUGCGUUUAAAUCCCAAGGCAGACAUCAACGAUGCAGAGGAAUGGAAUAAAUAUCUAGGGCAUAGAACAGCUUUAGAAGGUGAAAUACCUACAUGGUUCAAUACAAUAUGGUUAUACUGCGAAACCUACAUGUACCGUGUAUUAGCUCAAGAAAUUGGUUUGACGGAUACCUUGCAUAGUUAUGACCCAUUUGAGCAACAGAAACAAGCUGAGUUUAUCAACUCCUAUGAAUCUAUAGCUGUUCUUGCUUCGUAUGUAAAUAUAGUGUGCAACGAGGAAUAUAAUGUAGCUAAUUCACCAAAUGAUUUUCUGAAAUUAUUGAAAUGUUGCCUAUGGGGUAAUAGGUAUGAUUUAUCUGCAACUGCAGGAGAUCCUUAUAGUCAAACAGGUGAUCCACUCGAAACGGUGGAAUCUUUAAACGAAUAUAUAUUAGUAAACGAUUGGAAAUUUAUAUGGUCCCUUGUAAAUGAAAAAGAAAUGAUAAUGAAUAUUCAUAUAGUACUUGAUAAUGCAGGCUAUGAACUUUUUACUGAUCUAUGUUUAGCAGCAUUUUUGGUUACCAUUGUACCUACAACUCGGAUAAUAUUUCAUCUAAAAUUAUAUCCGUGGUACUUGAGUGAUGCUACUAUUCAUGAUUUUCUUUGGAUAUUAGAUCACAUGAGUAAUCUAACCAAUUAUCCAGAUAUACAAUUACUGGGCAAAACGUUCGAGAAUUUAUUGGAUAAAGAAAUUUGGUCUAUCGAGGAAGAGUCUUAUUGGACGGGACCAUAUGAUUUUACACAAAUGAAAGAAAAAGAUAAAGAGCUGUAUACUCAAUUUUGCAAUGCUAAAUUAGUAAUCUUUAAGGGUGAUCUGAAUUAUAGAAAACUCUUAGGUGAUAUUAAUUUCGAAUACCAUAACAAUUUUAAAAAUGCAUUAGGAGAUUUUCUACCUACAAAUAUUUUGUGUUUACGCACAUUGAAAUCCGAUAUUUGUGUUGGACUACCAAAUCAUAUGACUCAAUUCUUUCAACAAAAUAUAGAUAAAAUGACAACUGGGAUGUAUGGUCUCAUUCAAGCAGCUGCUUGCAAAAAAAUUAAAACAUUAAAUUUUUCUAUGAAAAAUCUUUGAAUUGCAAUCAUAAUUACUUACGUUUAUCAUUGUACAAAUAUGUAAAAUUACAUU